AUGCUUUCUGAAAGCAGUUCGUUUUUGAAAGGUAUGAUGCUGGGCAGCAUUUUCUGUGCCGUGAUCACUAUGCUAGGACACAUUAGGAUUGGGCAUAGAAACAAAACGCACCACCAUGAGCAUCACCUUCAAGCUCCUAACGAAUAUAUCUUGAAAAUUUCAGAGGAUGAACGCAUGGGAAUCAUUAAGAGCUUUCGGGUGUACUGUAUCAUUCUUGUAAAACCCAAAGAUAUGAGUCUUUGGGCUGCAGUGAAGGAGACUUGGACCAAAUAUUGUGGCAAAGCAGAGUUCUUCAGCUCUGAAGAUGUUGAAGUGUUUGAGUCAGUAAUUACGCAUGCAAAUGACAUGUGGUUGAUAAUGAGGAUAGCUUACAAAUACACCUUUGAUAAAUACGGUGACCAAUACAACUGGUUCUUCCUUGCGUGCACCAGUACCUUUGCCGUGAUUGAAAAUCUGAAGUAUUUCUUGUUAAAAAAGGAUCCAUCACAACCUUUCUGCCUCGACCACACUAUAAAAUCUGGAGGCCUGGAAUAUGUGAGUGUGGAAGGAGGAAUCGUCUUAAGUAUAGAAUCAAUGAAAAGACUCUACGGCCUUCUUAAUGUCCCUGGGAAGUGUCCUGAACAGGGAGGACUGAUUUGGACUAUAUCUGAAGAUAAGCAGCUAGCAAUCUGCCUGAAAUAUGCUGGAGUGUUUGCAGAAAAUGCAGAGAAUGUUUAUGGGAAAAAUGUGUUUAAUACCAAACCAGUUGAGCUGCCCAUUGAGGAAGCAACAGCUGAUCACCCAAACCAGAUAGUAGAAGGAUGUUGUUCCAAUAUGGCUGUUACUUUUAAUGAACUGAGCUCUCAUCAGAUGCAUGUGACGAUGUAUGGGGUGUACCGUCUUAGGGCAUUUGGAAAUAUUUUCAGUGAUCCAUUGGUUUUCUUGCCUCCAAAUGGUUCUGAAAAUGACAGAGAAAAGGCAAGAGCACAUAUUCGAUAA